AUUUGAGCGUAGGACACCCCGUAAUGUGCGAUUGAUAGUAUAAAUAGAUUAAUAUAUAUGCGCCAUCAAGUUACAAGGGCGUCGCAGGAGGUCUUCCCAAUAAGACACAGUAAACCGUCUGCAGCUAGGGAAUAUAACUCUCUUCCGAGAUUUUGCAAGUUCUUAAAGAGGUCCUUUGCAGUGAUGGUUAGCAACUCGGAAAUUACCUCCUGGUGCGUGGUGUACGGCAUUGAAGCGUUCUUCAUAGUUCUUGGGAAUGGUCUAGCCGCGGUAGUUUUCCUCACCUGCAAGUCUUUGCACAGACGCACUUACAGUCUACUGGCAAGUCUUGCUGUGGCAGAUUUCCUGGUUGGUGCCUUAGCAGCCCCCAUGUUUAUCGCCGUACUGGCACAGUAUUAUGGAUGGAUGUCUUUCGAUAAACAUCUCGGAGGUGCACAGCGGACCAUUGAAAUUCUGACCUCUUACGCCUCGAUAGUGACUUUAACGAUGAUUGCGUUGGAAAGGCUGGUGGCCGUCAUUGCACCAUUAAGGCACGCAACAGAAUCAAAGUCCUCAUAUGUGAGUGCUAUCUCGUUGAGCUGGGUCAUUGCCAUCCUGAUGGCAAGUCUGUCUCUGCUCAGGGAUUACCACAUGGCGGCCGGAAAAGCUGUCUUUGUCAUUCUUAUGGUUGUGAUGAUCAUAUGUAUGGUGAUCACGUGCGUAUCCUACAGUGCCAUAGCAGUACUCCUGCACAAGUACAACCAAUCAACAUUCAGUAGCUCUCACCCCGAGCGAAGCAAACGCGAACGCAACCUGGUCACCACCCUUUUCAUCGCUAGCGUCGUCUUCAUCGUCACCUGGCUACCAUUCCAGGUUCUCAAUUGGAUAUUUUUCUUUGAGCCAAACAGCGCUUUGUCAGGUCACUACAUCUACGUAUCCAAGUUCCUCCAUUUCUUGAACUCUCUUGUAAACCCAGUUGUCUAUAUAUUCAGAAUGCCCGAGUUCCGACAGGGCAUCAGGGAAAUCUGCCGUUGUUACGACGAGACCAAAAGAAAUGAAGAAAAUGCACCGCCAAUUGGAAUGGAUGGUUCCCAUUACAAUCCUACUGUUACAGAGCAGGGCUUUAUUUAGGGUAAAAUCCACCAGAGAGAAGUAGGAAGUUGUACUUAGAAGACGAGAUGAGGAGUAUAAUUACUGAGCGGAGCUGCUCUCUAUAUAAAUAAAUGUUCACGAUAGAAAAGUAGAAGUUUCACUGAGCAGUAGACAGAAUGAAGAGACUUAUCACUGAGCGGAUCUGCUCUCUAUAUAAAAGAUGUGCACGAUAGGAAAGAAGAAGUUUCACUGAGCACUGAGCGGAGCUCUUUAUAGGGAUAUGCACGAGAUGAAAAUAGACGUUUCACUCCUUACUGGCAAUGGGUAGGGGAAACGUUUGAAAGAAGAGCAGAAAGAUCGGUUUUACCGAUCGACCUUAAUUUUGUAUCUUUUUCUUCUCAUAUGGCCCACAAAGCGUAUCACAUUUUUAAUUAAAUCACUGUGAUACCUA